AAAAAAAUUAGUACUGAGGAGUUUUAAAUUAAGCUCAUCUUGAACUUGAAGCCUCAGCUUUAGCAACAAGUUUUCUACUGGACGUGCUGUGUCACUGUUCAGCUGAUAAAUCAGGGAUUGACAUUUUAAACCCGUUUCAUAGGAUUUGUGAGCAAUUGUGCAAUACUUUUUGGAGGCAUAUUUAAUUUGAUAAUAGCGAUCUUGAAAGAGGGUGGAUCUGGAACUUUUAAAUUCUGAAACAGUACCCCAGAAUACUUUUUGGGUAUUGUCUACUGCAUUUAAAAAAGACUUAUUUCUUAAUAUAUUUAAUUGUAAAAUGGACUUAAAACUUGAUUCCUUCUUUGUAUAGCGGUUUUGAGAAUGGUUAAAUUUGUACUAUUUCAUAUGUUUAUACUGAGCAUUAUAAAUGUAAGUUAUUUUAAAAAUAAUUUAAAACACUUAUGUUCAAAGCAAAGUAAUGUGCUAUUAUAAUUAGAAAGGACCAAAAAGACUUUCUUGACCACAAGGGUGAUUAAGUGUUGGAAUAAACUACAAGCAAAGUUGUGUAACCUCCAUUCCUCAAAUACCAUCUUAAAACUGGAUCACCAAGUUACUGAAGUGCUGUCUUAUUUUCUUAAACUUUAUAAAGCUGGACUGGCCAUUAUGGAGGAGGAGCUGCAGCACUCGCACUGCGUGAAUUGUGUCAGUAGACGGUGUAUGACCAGACCAGAGCCUGGGAUCUCCUGUGACUUGAUAGGUUGUCCAUUGGUUUGUGGAGCAGUUUUCCAUUCUUGUAAAGCUGAUGAGCAUCGACUUUUAUGUCCAUUGGAACGAGUGCCUUGCUUAAAUAGUGACUUUGGAUGUCCAUUUACAAUGGCUCGAAAUAAAGUUGCCGAACAUCUAGAAAUGUGUCCUGCAAGUGUGGUGUGCUGUACUAUGGAGUGGAACCGAUGGCCAGUUAGUUAUGCAGACCGGAAAUCAUAUGAAAAUCUAAGCAGAGAUGUUGAUGAAGUGGCACAAUUAGAUAUGGCCUUGGCCCUUCAAGACCAAAGGAUGCUCUUAGAGUCUCUCAAAGUAGCCACCAUGAUGUCAAAAGCAACUGAUAAAGUAUCAGAACCUAGAGAACAGAUCUCAGUUAAAUCAAGUGUCCCAGAAAUACCACAUACUAAUGGUUUGGUGUCUGUUGAUGAAGACUCUUAUGGUGCACUUUAUCAAGCUACUGUUGAAACAACCAGAAGUUUGGCUGUUGCUUUAGAUAUCCUGAAUACCGCCACAAGAGACGUUGGCAUGUUAAGUACGAGUCUGUGUGCUUCUGCAAAUGAAAUGAAAGAAGAAGAAAAUGCCAGAGAAAGCUUACAGAACAGAAACUUGAAAGACCAGGACCAUCUUUAUGAGGAUGAGAUAGGAGCAGUAGGUGGGAUUGACCAUAAUGACACAAGUCAGAAUGCCCGGUCUGAACAAAAUGGUUCAAGUGAUUUAUUAUGUGACUUGGAUGCCAGUUCUUAUGGCACUUCUGCUCUUUGUAAUGGCUUUCCUUUGGAAAAUAUAUGUACACAGGUCAUUGAGCAGAAUCAGAAUUUACAUAGUGACUCAAAACAAAGUAACUUAACAAAUAGAGAAUGUGUAGCAUCAGAUGGCCCUUCGGAACCUUCUAGUUCACUUUCAGUAGCAGCACAAGUUAGGGAAGUAAUACCACCUAAUGCUUUGCCUAAUGGCACAGUUCAGCAUAUCCUCAUGCCAGAUGAUGAUGAAGACUUGUGUUGGAAAAAAGUAGACUUAGGGGACCUAAGGAAUGUGGAUGUCUUAUCUUUCAGUCAUCCUCCUUCAUUCAAAUUUCUUUCUAAUUCGUGUUGGUCUAAACCAAAGGAAGAUAAAGCAGUAGAUACAUCAGAUUUGGAAGUUGCAGAAGAUCCAAUGGGUCUCCAAGGAAUAGAUCUAAUCACAGCAGCAUUACUGUUUUGUCUAGGAGAUUCUCCAGGUGGGAGGGGUAUAUCUGAUAGUCGCAUGGUUGAUGUUUAUCACAUCGACUUUGGGACGCAGACCUUUUCACUUCCGUCUGCCAUAUUAGCUACAAAUACAAUGGUUGGGGAAAUAGCUUCAGCUUCAGCUUGUGAUCAUGCCAACCCUCAGCUUUCAAAUCCAAGUCCUUUUCAGACACUUGGGCUGGAUUUAGUAUUGGAAUGUGUCGCUAGGUACCAACCCAAGCAGCGUCCAAUGUUUACAUUUGUUUGUGGACAGUUAUUCAGAAGAAAAGAAUUUUCAUCCCAUUUUAAGAACGUGCAUGGUGACAUUCAUGCUGGACUCAAUGGCUGGAUGGAACAGAGGUGUCCUUUAGCAUAUUAUGGUUGUACCUAUUCUCAGCGUAGGUUUUGUCCAUCAACACAAGGAGCAAAGAUUAUACAUGACCGCCAUUUGAGGUCAUUUGGAGUUCAGCCAUCUGUAUCUACAGUGUUAGUAGAGCCUGCUAGAAACUGUGUGUUGGGAUUACAUAGUGACCAUCUAAGUAGUCUUCCUUUUGAAGUCCUGCAACAUAUUGCAGGCUUUCUUGAUGGCUUCAGUUUAUGCCAGCUCUCAUGUGUAUCCAAGUUAAUGAGGGAUGUGUGUGGCAGUCUUCUUCAGUCUCGUGGAAUGGUCAUACUGCAGUGGGGGAAAAGGAAGUAUCCAGAAGGAAAUUCAUCAUGGCAGAUAAAAGAAAAGGUAUGGCGAUUCAGUACUGCAUUUUGUUCUGUCAAUGAAUGGAAAUUUGCUGACAUCCUAAGCAUGGCUGACCACUUGAAGAAAUGCAGUUACAAUAUUGUAGAGAAACGGGAGGAAGCAAUCCCAUUGCCGUGUAUGUGUGUGACACGAGAACUCACUAAAGAAGGACGUUCACUUCGCUCAGUUUUAAAACCUGUACUUUAAAAACUGUAAUUCCACUUGCACAUACAUGCAAGCACCUAGUAUAAUUUCUUGGUAAUAUGUGACACUUUAUUAAUGUAUUAAAGAUUACAACUAGCUAAAUUCAUUGUCACUAUGUAUAUAAUGUUUUGAAGUGACCUAUAUUUUUAUAAAGUACUGUUUAGUUGGAAAAAAAGUUGCCUUAAUGUUUGAAAUGUGUGAAUUUUUUGGAACUUGCUGGACAGGGUGAUUUAAUUUUUAGCUACAUAAUUUUCAGAAUUAGUAUUUUUAGUGGUGUGCAUAUUUUGGUUCUUAAAUUUUUUGCUUCUUAAGCUAACAAGAUCCUGACCAAACAAUUUAUUCCUCAUUUUCUAUGGGUUAUAACCUAUGCAUUCAAAAAUCAAAACUUUGAUUCUAAUUUUUACAUCAUAGGCUUUUCAGAUUCAGAAAACAUUCAAUUGCUUAAACACUGCAUAAGACCAUCAUAAAGUUUUUAUUUUCUAGUGCUCCCCUUAUAUAAUUGUUGAUAUGUCGAUGAUCUCUAAUAUAUACAUAAUAUUUAAAAUCAUGAGUAAUGUUGAUAAUGCCAUUUAUCAUGUUUUAAAAAUAGUCCACAAAAAUGUUUUCGCCUUACAUAUUUACAACUCUCGUACAGAGAGUUGACCAUAUGCAGCUUUUUUUGGUUAGAUGCCACAUCCAGAGACUCAUGGCAGUGUGUUAUGUGACAGGUUAAAGCAAAAUCAACAAAAAAAAAACCUGUGAAUUUACUUUAAUUUGAAACUGUAUAUGGUAUUAUAUAUUUGCUAGGUAUUUGGUACUUGGAGAGAAGAAAAUACAGUUGGCCCUUCAUAUCUGCAGGUUCCAUAUCCAUGGAUUCAACCAAAGGAUGGAAAAUAUUUGAAAAAAAAAUUCCAUGAAAUUUCAAAAAGCAAAACUUGAAUUUGCCACUCAUCUUCAACUAUUUAUAUGGCACUUACAUUAUUUUACUAUUAUUUACAUAGCAUUUACAUUGCAUUAGGUACUAUAAAUAAUCUAGGGAUGAUUUACAGUAUAUGGGAAGUAUGCGUAGGUUAUGUGCAAAUACUAUGCCAUUUUAUAUAAGAGACUUGAACAUCUGUAACUUUUGGGACCGUAGCGGGGUCCUGGAACCAAUCUUCUGCAGAUACUGAGAGACGACUGUAUACCUCAUUUUAAGUUUGAAUUGGGCAUGUUCCGUGAAUAAAUUUCAGAUAUUCAGAAUGCAAAGGGCUUAACUUUUUAUCACAAGUGUUUAAAAUUUUUGCCUUUUGAUGUUUAUAAAAAUCACAAUUAUGUUGUUUUAAGACAUUUAAAAAUGUGACAUUUGCUGUCUUUGUAAGAUGACAAUCAUGAAAUGCAGAAACCUGUCCUGGUUGACAGUCUCUUUAAAACAUUUCCAGGUUAAUAUUCCAUAGACUUCUCUACCAAAAAAGUUAAGAAUUGCAUCUUUGUGUAAAACCAAAAUAUAACAAAGAUAUUCAAAGAACUAUUCUUGAGGUAUUUUAUUAUAGUUUUCAAAUUGAUUUAUACUGUUAUUAACCUGAUAUGGUCAGUUUAGAAAAAUGAAUAUAUCAGUAUUAAGAAAUAAAUUGCAAAGAUGGAGACUUGUACUUAAAUAAUUUAGGUAACUUGUGGCAUUUGGUCGUCUGAAAUGGUUACAAGUUACUUUGCUAAAAAAAACUUGAAAACUAUUUUGUCUUCUCUUCCUACAUUUGUCCCUGAGAAUGCUCUAUUAACUAGGUUCUUGAUUCCCAUGUAUGGCAGUCGGGCAGGGCAGAGGCGUUCCUUGGGCAUUACAAAAGAAUUCUGAAUUGCUUUAAGACUUGGUUGGAUCAAGGCCUUAUUACAGUUGAAAAAUACAGCGUUAAAGACUAAUCAAUUGUUUUGCCCCACCUGUCAUUUUAAUUAGAAGAAUACUUAUUUCUUAGUGCUUAAACCAACUUUUUCAACUGUGAGAUUUGAAUUGCAUAAACAGUCAGAAAUAAGAUAUCAAAUACUGUAAAAUAUAACUCUGCCUUUUAAAGUUUUGCUGAAGAAUGUGUCUGGUUAGGAUAGCACAAACAUUAACUUUUUGUUUUAUGGUUGUGCUUUUUUAAAAUCCUUGUUUUUUAAGUUUAGACUUCAUGUUUCCACACUGGAUCAUGAGAUAUUUAACAUUUUCUACCUUUUAUUUCUUUUACACGUCUUUGGCUGUUUUCUUUUUUGUU